AUGAUGUUUGGCCGGCCCCCUGCUCCCCAGGUAAACUGGGAGGAGAUGUACUUCUACCAGAAGCUGCACCACCUCUUCGACCACGGCGCGGACUGGAUGAUCUCCAAGGUGAACUGGUGGAUCCCCUCCGUUGCGGCAGGGAUGGCGUUGAGCCUCCUCCUGCUCAGCGAGAAUCCCGUCGCCGAGGGCGCCGCCAUUACGAUGCCCACAUUUUCUCCCGUGGUGCGUGCGCCCAUAUUCGGGUUGCAGCUGCCAGAGCGCGAGGGGGCGCCACCCGAGGAGGACGACGAGGACGGCAACGAGGAGUUGGUGUUCUAA